GAAAUUUUUUUUUUGGGGGGGUAAAACGGAUUGCCAUAACCAGAGAGAUAAUUGAGCAAACUAAUUCAAAUGGCUGCAAAAGAAAUUUUAACUAUUCAACUCGGAGAGUUCUCCAAUGUUUUAGGUGCGCUUUGGUGGAAUAUGCAGGAUGUGUCUCCAGUAUCCGCUAACAAAAGUGAUAUAGUGGACAAUGAAAAUGAACAAAGGGUGUUUUUCCGCGAAGGCAAAUCUAAUAAAGUCAGCAUAAAUCCAAGACUCCUUGCUGUUGAUUUGAAGGGACCAAUGGAUUUUCCUAUACAAAAUCAAGAAUUUGAUUUAUCAUCACAGGACACAUCACCACACAAAAUUGAUUUGAUACCUGGAGAUCAUGCACCAUCAUUAUGUGAGCAGAUUUCUUCUAUUCAACUGGCAUCUUCUGAAUUUGAAAGCAAUGAUUUCCAUGAAUGGAAAGCUUUGUUUAACAACAAGUUGCAUCCAAAAUCCCUCAAUACUUUGAAUAAUAUUCAAAGUGUAAGUGCUCUAGGGACAUUUAAUCUCUUUUCUCAAGGAAUGGCGUGUUUGGAAAAAGAAGAUAAUCUCGAAUACAUGGAAAACCAAAUUCGCUUUUUUGUUGAAGAAAGCGACUACUUCCAGGGAUUUAAUAUGUUGUUCGAUGCUGAUAAUGGUUUUGGUGGUGCUGCAUCAAAGUUACUUCAGCUAAUCCAGCAAGAGUACUCAACUAAAACAACAUUCACGAUCCCUUUAUUUCCAGCACAUUCUAUGUGUGAAAGUGCCAGAAGGGUAGAACGUUUGACUAAUUUAGGAUUAGUAGUGGAAACACUUUUUGAAGAUUCAUCCAUGUUUAGCCCCGUUAGCUUGGAUCCUUUUUGGUGUUCAACUAAUUCAAGAAAAUUUUCAGGUCUACAAAAUCUCAAACCCACAUCGAUUUAUCAAGCAGGAGCAGUCAUAGCCACAGCCUUAGACACAAUUUUCUUCCCUCUGCACGCAAAAAAAGGAUACCUUCAUUCGUUGUCUGAUUUCGUUAAAAAGUUAACCAGUGAUGGUCGCAAAGCAGUUGGCAUGUCGUGUGCUAUACCUCUGUGGAACAGAAUUUCUAAUUUAGAGUCUCUGAAUUCGGCAUUUCUUGAGGUUACAUCUUUGACACCUUGCGUUGAAAACUUCCGAGACUGUUGGACCCAACAGCUAGUUUGGCGAGGACUGCCAAAUCUUUCAGAUUUUCAAUCGCUAGUGGAGUUUUGGUCUCGUACCCAAUGGAAGCACACAACUACAUUUAAUUGUGUAUUCAGUACACCUAGCUCACUGGUUAAACCUUAUCCCGAAUUCUUUCUCGACUCCCCCAACUUAGUCGAAGAUUCUACAUGGAAUCCUUCCAAAAUAGGACCGAACUUCUGUACUUUCGGAGGUCUUCACAACUCUGUAUCGUUAGGCCAUAGUCUUAGAAAUCUCCAUACCGAAUUAUCAAAAAUAGAGAGAACAAGUCUUCAAAAAUUUUUAUCUUCAGGAAUGGAGCAAGAUGACUUACUGGAAAAUCGAAAUCGCAUUAUUAGUUAUGCAGAACUUUAUGAGGAAAGCUGAAAAAAGUCUUUGUGAAGAGUAAUUAUUUUCACAAGUAAAUGUGGUAAAAUACGGGAAAAAAUUAAAAAAAUUAUGCAUAGAAGAAAUGUUAUUCCUAAUUAAAUAAAGAAUGUUGAAAUAAAUAAUUUUUGUUUUG